GCUGUCCCCACGCUGUCCCCGUGUCCCCGCAGGCGCAGGUGGCCUUCCUGCAGGGCGAGCGCAAGGGCCAGGAGAACCUGAAGACCGACCUGGUGCGGCGCAUCAAGAUGCUGGAGUACGCCCUCAAGCAGGAAAGGUCCAAGUACCACAAGCUGAAAUUCGGCACCGAGCCGGCGCCGGGGGACAAGAAGCCGGAAGCGCCGGAGCCGGGUGCGUGUCCCCGUGCCCUCAGCGGGCCCCCAACGGCCCCCUGGAGGUGGCGGCGCUGGAGGGCCGCCCGCCGCCGGCCCCGCAGGAACGCGGGGAAGGAGGCGAAGGAGCGCGGGGGGGGCCCGGUGCUGGAGCAGGUCCCCUUCCUGCGCUCCUGCGAGGACGAGGACAGCGACGAGGACGAGGACGCCGACGGCCUCCCCGCCGAGCCCCCGCGGCAGCACAAGAAGCAGCGCGUAAAGCUGCCCCCCAAGCCCCUGCUGCCCGAGGUGGAGGACGAGGACGACGACGACGACUCGGAGGACGCCCUCAACGAGUUCGAUUUCCUGGGCUCCGGGGAGAACGGGGACGGCCGGCGGGCCGGGGAGGGCGGCGAGCUCGAGAGCCGCCGCGCGCGGCUGCAGGGGAUGCUGGCCGACCUGCGGGACGGGGACGGGCUCCCCCCAAAAGCGGCCGGAGCGGGGCAGCCGCGCGCCCACGAGGGGUCCCUCGGCCUCUCCUCCGACGUCUUCAUCAUGGACAGCAUCGGCGGCGGCGCCGUCAGCCUGGGGGACCUGGCCGACCUGACAGUCACCAACGACAACGAGCUCAGCUGCGACCUCUCGGAGGGCCGGGACGCCCUGAAGAAGACGUGGAACCCCAAAUUCACGCUGCGCAGCCACUACGACGCCGUGCGGGGCCUGGCCUUCCACCCGGCCGAGGCCGCCCUGCUCACCGCCUCCGAGGACGGCACCCUCAAGCUCUGGAACCUCCAGAAAACCGUCGCAGCCAAAAAGAACGCGGCGCUGGACGUGGAGCCGGUGUACGCCUUCCGCGGGCACAGGUGGGGGCUGGCGGCACACGCGGGACACCCCGCGUCCCCCCGCGUCACCCUGU